AUGGCCUACAUCAUCCUCGCGACCUGGUGGACCCUCCCUUUGUAUGUUGCACUCCUCUAUCUCGGUGUGACUCGCCAGCGACUUGAAACGAACAAUCUAUACGACACGUAUCUCCCGAAGGAAUGGACGGAUAUGAACACAACCUGCGAUGGAGUCAACGUUGCCGCUCGAACGCUCAGCGGAGUCUGUAACAGCCUCGAGGUCCCAGCGAUGGGCUCUGUUGGCACGCGCUUCUCUCGAUUCGUCCCGAUAAACAAGACUUUUGGCGAAACAACCACACUCUUUACGCCGAAUCCUCGAACUAUCAGUCAGCAUUUGUUCAAACGACAAUCCUUUACCCCUGCUACGUCCAUAAAUCUGCUUGCAGCUGCAUGGAUUCAGUUCCAAACUCACGACUGGUUCAGUCAUGGAGCUGAGAACGAUCCUAACAAUCUUCUUGUCUUCCAACUCCCCAGAGACGAUCCUUUGCGUACCCAAGGACAAACAAACAUGACGCUACGUCGAACAAUACGCCAGGUCCACCAAGACGGCCGCCCAGACACCUACAACAACCAUGUUAGCAGUUGGUGGGACCUUUCAAUGGUUUACGGAGAAGACGAGGAGACUCAUGCCAAACUCCGGUCCUUCACCAACGGGAAGAUGAAGGUCGAAGAUGAUAACUUAAUUCCUGUUGACCCUGUCAGUGGCCUCGAUCUCACUGGUUUCAACGACAAUUGGUGGGCAGGCUUGUCCCUUCUUACUAAUAUCUGGGUUCGUGAACACAAUUUGGUCUGUGACAUGCUCAAGAACAAUAAUCCGAACUGGAGCGAUCAAGAAAUCUUUGACCACGCUCGCCUGAUAACAACAGCUUUGAAUGCCAAGAUCCACACGGUUGAAUGGACUCCAGCGCUACUCGCCAAUGAUAUUCUGAAGAACGCGAUGAACGCGAAUUGGUUCGGGCUUGCCCCGGAAUGGCUUAAGGCGAUACCAGACCCUAACCUUUCUCAACAAAUUUCCGAAGCUUGGUAUGGGAUCAUCGGUGGAAAGCCGAAUUUUGCGGGCGUCAACUUUGCCCACAGUGAAGAAUUUGUCAGCGUGUACCGAUUCCACUCUCUUCUUCGCGAUAACAUCACCAUCCGACGCCAUACUGAUGGGUCUUCGACCGGAAACACCUACAAUAUCUCUCAAUAUGCAUUCCGUAAUGCGCAGAAUGUUAUUCGCGGCAACGACUUUGCAGAUGUGGCUUAUACUUUCGGCGUUGACAACCCAGGAGCCCUCAUAUUAAACAACUAUCCAGCAGAGAUGAUGAGUCUUAAUAAGCCUGGCGCACCUUACACUCUUGACAUGGGCGCCGUCGAUGUCCUGCGUGAUCGUGAACGUGGAGUCCCUCGCUACAACGAAUUUCGUCGGCUUUUCUCCCUGAUCCCAGCCAAGACAAUGGACGAUAUUUCGGACGACAAGGCCGCAGUUGCAGCUCUCCGUUCCGUAUACGGUGAAAACGUGGAAAGUGUUGAUCUCCUGGCUGGUUCAUUGGCAGAAAGUCCUCGUGCCACUGGCUUCGCGUUCAGCAACACCCAGUUCCAGGCUUUCAUUCUUGCUGCAUCCCGCCGACUAUUGACAGAUCGUUUCUUUACGACGGACUAUACUGCUGCAGUGGCAAGUAGACCAUAUACCCAACAAGGUCUUGAUUAUAUCGGCAAGUCGGACUUCCGCGCGGUUAUUGGGCGGACGAUUCCAGCUUUAAACCAGACUGUUCACUCUGUGGAUAACGCUUUCAAGCCUUGGGUUGUUUGA